AUGCCUUCUGCAUACACCGCAAAAGAUGGGGGCGAUGCCAGGAGCAAGAAGCAGUCUAUGGCAGAUUUGAAGCUUCGAAGAUUACAAGAGUUGAACACUCGACUCAAGGAAGAUCUAGAGCGACCAAGGGUAAAGGUUGCAGAAGCUUCUAACAGCCUCAUCACAUAUUGCAAUCAGACACGAGACUACAUGGUUCCUUCAGUAUGGGGACAAGUGGACAAGAAAGACGACCCUUAUAACCCGCAAUCUGGAGGUGGAUCGGGCGGUAGCGAUGGAUGCUGUAUCGUCAUGUAA